CUGAGGUGUAUAUACUGUGUGACAUUUCCCUCUUUUUAAGUAGAGGGACUCCAAAAAGUCGUAGGCACCCCGUCCUAGGCACCGUGCAGGGGGCGGGCAGCAGUGCGGGGGCGGGAAGCAAACGCGCCAACCACGCGUGUCCGCGCGCAGGUGCCGGGGGCGGCGGCGGCAACUCCGCAGCGUCUGCCCAGGAAGAGAGUUCGCGGCAGCUCGCGGGAUGCUCCUAGAUGCAAGAUGUGUCUCUGGCCAGCAGGAGGAAGGAAGAGGAAGUGAGAGCAGCGGCAGCCGGCGGCAGCGGCCGGCGACCCGAGUGUAAGUGCGUGCGUUCGGGCAGCGGCGGCGGGCGAGGAUGGGCACGAGAUAGAGGCAGAGCCACCGCCGUCCGCGGCCCCGAGAGGGGCUACAGAACCUCGGGCACCGGUCUACGGCCCCGGCCCCCGCUCCAGCGCUCCAGCUUCUGGGAGCCCUCGUCACCGCGUCCUGCGACCCCGGGCAGGUAUAGACACGUGUGACCGUCCACGCACUAGGAUCCCCCGUUUCCACUGUCUUCGGACUUCUCGGUUACACAAUGCCGCCUCCUGCGGAUAUCGUCAAAGUGGCCAUAGAAUGGCCUGGAGCCUACCCUAAACUCAUGGAGAUUGACCAGAAAAAACCACUGUCUGCAAUAAUAAAGGAAGUCUGUGAUGGGUGGUCUCUUGCCAACCAUGAAUAUUUUGCACUGCAGCAUGCUGAUAGUUCAAACUUCUAUAUCACGGAAAAGAAUCGCAAUGAAAUAAAAAAUGGAACUAUUCUUCGAUUAACCACGUCUCCGGCUCAAAAUGCCCAGCAGCUCCAUGAACGAAUACAGUCAUCAAGUAUGGAUGCCAAGUUGGAAGCCCUGAAGGACUUGGCCAGCCUCUCCCGCGAUGUUACCUUUGCUCAGGAGUUCAUAAACCUGGAUGGCAUCUCACUCCUCACUCAGAUGGUGGAAAGUGGCACUGAACGAUACCAGAAGUUACAGAAGAUUAUGAAGCCUUGCUUUGGAGACAUGCUGUCCUUCACUUUGACAGCCUUUGUGGAGCUAAUGGACCAUGGCAUCGUGUCAUGGGAUACAUUCUCAGUGGCGUUCAUAAAGAAGAUAGCAAGCUUUGUGAACAAGUCCGCCAUAGACAUCUCAAUCCUACAGCGGUCCUUAGCCAUUUUGGAGUCAAUGGUUCUCAACAGCCAUGACCUCUACCAAAAGGUAGCACAGGAGAUCACCAUUGGACAACUCAUUCCUCAUCUUCAAGGGACAGAUCAAGAAAUCCAGACUUACACUAUCGCUGUAAUCAACGCACUUUUCCUGAAGGCCCCUGACGAGAGGAGGCAGGUUGAUGUAGAGAGCAGUGUUGACAUCCUUGAUUGCCCUCUGACUGAGAUGGCUAAUAUUUUGGCUCAGAAGCAGCUGCGCUACAUCAUUUUAACACAUGUCAUCCGAGCUCAGCGGGCCAUCAACAAUGAGAUGGCACACCAGUUAUAUGUCCUCCAAGUGCUGACCUUUAACCUUCUGGAAGACAGGAUGAUGACCAAGAUGGAUCCCCAGGACCAGGCUCAAAGAGACAUCAUAUUUGAACUUCGAAGAAUUGCUUUUGAUGCAGAGUCUGAACCUAAUAACAGCAGUGGCAGCAUGGAGAAGCGCAAGUCCAUGUACACGCGGGAUUAUAAGAAACUUGGCUUCAUUAAUCAUGUCAAUCCUGCCAUGGACUUCACACAGACUCCUCCUGGGAUGCUGGCUCUGGACAACAUGCUGUAUUUUGCUAAGCACCAUCAGGAUGCAUACAUCCGGAUUGUGCUUGAGAACAGCAGCCGAGAGGAUAAGCAUGAGUGUCCCUUUGGCCGCAGCAGUAUAGAACUGACCAAGAUGCUCUGUGAGAUCCUGAAAGUGGGCGAGCUGCCGAGUGAGACCUGCAACGAUUUCCACCCAAUGUUCUUCACCCAUGACAGAUCCUUCGAGGAGUUUUUCUGCAUUUGUAUCCAGCUCCUAAACAAAACAUGGAAGGAAAUGAGAGCCACUUCUGAAGACUUCAACAAGGUAAUGCAGGUGGUGAAGGAGCAGGUUAUGAGAGCGCUUACAACCAAGCCUAGCUCCCUGGACCAGUUCAAAAGUAAACUGCAGAACCUGAGCUACACUGAAAUCCUGAAAAUCCGCCAGUCUGAGAGGAUGAACCAGGAAGAUUUCCAGUCUCGCCCAAUUUUGGAACUAAAGGAGAAGAUCCAGCCAGAAAUCUUAGAGUUGAUCAAACAGCAGCGCCUGAACCGCCUUGUGGAAGGGACCUGCUUUAGGAAACUCAACGCUCGUCGGAGACAAGACAAAUUUUGGUAUUGUCGGCUUUCACCCAAUCACAAGGUCUUACAUUAUGGCGACUUGGAAGAGAGCCCCCAAGGAGAAGUGCCCCAUGAUUCCCUGCAGGACAAAUUGCCGGUGGCAGAUAUCAAAGCAGUGGUGACGGGAAAGGACUGCCCUCAUAUGAAAGAGAAAGGUGCCCUUAAACAAAACAAGGAGGUGCUUGAACUUGCUUUCUCCAUCUUGUAUGACUCAAAUUGCCAACUGAAUUUUAUUGCUCCUGACAAGCAUGAGUAUUGCAUCUGGACAGAUGGGCUGAACGCACUUCUUGGGAAGGACAUGAUGAGUGACCUGACGCGGAAUGACCUGGACACCCUGCUGAGCAUGGAGAUCAAGCUCCGCUUGUUAGACCUGGAAAACAUCCAGAUCCCGGAUGCACCUCCGCCCAUCCCCAAGGAGCCCAGCAACUAUGACUUCGUCUAUGACUGUAACUGAAGCGGCUGGGCCUGAACACAUUCCUCCCAAACUGGAAAGAUCUAGCUAUCAGCAGAGAGAAGCGCAAACACACCCACUUGUUGUGUGGUGGGAAGCUGCGGGUCAACCCUUCCUUUGAUCUAAUUUUUAGCCCUAGCUUUUUUUUUUAUCCCCCCCUUUGGGGGGGGGCAUCUUACCAUCUCCUUGAAUCUACUUCCCGACUCUGUUUUAGAUCACUCCACUGCUCCAACUCACUGGCGGCGGAUCUUAAGCAAAAGCCACUACUAGAAAGAAAGUCUACUAGUCCUCUCAUCCUAACCUGCUGCGGGCAUAUCCUUCUGUCCUUCUUCCCUCUUGCCUGGAGUAGGGAACCCAGUUAGCCCUGAACUGCCCCAAAUUUGCUCACUAAACCAAGAGAAAUGCCUAAGGCCAGGCUUGGGUAAAAUAGCUCUGUUACUGGACAAGAAGACCAAAGGCCACCAUCUCCUACCCCUUCUCUCUAGGGUCAGCUCUAUGUGAGGUGAGAUCGCUUUCACAUCUCUUCUCUCCCUUCCUAGCCUUGGCCUUGCUCUGGUCCACUUUGGUCCUGUGUGUAACAGCAGCAGCAGCCUCAUUCCAGUCCUCUAAGGUAUUAGAUCUUCCAAACACUCCACAGAGCCCAUGCCUGUUCCUUGUCUGCACUGUGACCAUGACCAUGACCAACCUCUCUGUCACACUAUAUGGUCUUGGACCUCCUCUCCUUGCCCCAGCCCAGACCUGCCAUCUUCAUUUCUUCAAGCCCCCAGCCUCUUAGCAGAAAGCACAAUGAAGUCAGUAGUUCUGCUCCAUCUCAAAUAGAUUAAACCUAACGGCCUCUAAAGUGGCUAGCUGUUGCUAUCCAACAGUUCCAUGUCACCUUCUCCCUGGGGCUCCUGCUACACCCCAGGUUGUCCAGGGUGGUCAAGCUGUCAGACAUUCAAGUUUACAUCGUUGUAAUUAUUAUAGGUCUUUGCAAUUUACAAGGGUUUGGGGUUGUUUUGUUGUUUUGUUUUGUUUUUGGCUUUGUUUUUGUAUAA